AAGGGUAAACUGGUAUAGUUGGUGAGUUAAGUGUUUUGCUCACUAGAAAUUAAACGAAAUUAUCUUUCGAAAUAUAAUCUGAAAAUUCAACAAAUAUGUCUUUCGUACCAAACAAGAAUGUUAGUUGGUGAACAUGUAUAUCUUAAAUGAAAUAAAAUAUAUGUUUUUUAACUAAAAGCGUUUGCUUUUCUAAUACAUUAGCGGCGUGGUUUUUUUCGCUGGGAUUUUUAAUUUCGUUAUAUUAACGUAUUCUUGAUUAUAUGUACUAUACUAAUAUGAAUUUGUAUGUCUAUUUAGGUUGAAGAUUACAAAAAUAGAGUAAAAAGAGAGGUAUUUAUCUUAUACAUAUUUUCACACGGAAAUUUUAUCUGGGCUGAAAAUGUUACAGGCCGAGGUUCUCGUCAAAGAUGUUUUUCCUAACAAGGUUGUUUUUCUCGAUAAUUUGAUGCGCACGGAGCAGUUAAGUAUAAACUCAGUGAAUGACUUUGUAGUCGACUUAAAUGUGCCACAUCCAUCCAACUGUUUGUUGGAAAAUGAUGGACCAGCAGCAAAGAAAUUGAAAUUGGAUAAUAGCUUAGAAGGCAGUAAAGUUUAUGCUUUACCGAAUGGAGAAGUAACUUGUAAUGAACCAUUAUCGAAACUUAUUGACCAAGUUAAGCCGUUGUUAAGAGAUCUAAUCGAACACGCAAAUCAAAUAAAAAUGUGGAUAACAUAUUUGAUACCAAGAAUAGAAGACGGUAAUAAUUUCGGUGUAUCUAUACAAGAGGAUACAAUAGCCGAAGCUCGACAAGUAGAAUCUGACGCAGCGACGUACCUUGAUCAGGUCUCUAGAUAUUUCUUAACUCGAGCCAAAAUUGUCACGAAACUUGCGAAAUACCCACACGUUCAAGAUUAUAGACGAGCUAUUCAGGAACUUGACGAAAAGGAAUUUCUGAGUCUAAGACUUGUAGUGUGUGAGCUUCGAAAUCAUUACUGCAGUUUGCACGACAUGAUACUAAAGAAUAUCGACAAGAUUAAGAAGCCACGUUCGUGUAACGCAGAAAACCUAUAUUGA